AUGGAGGAUAUUUCACUGUACGAUCACGCGCUAGGACACGCUGCUGCUCCUGCUGCCACUGCUGACAGCACUGUCCGUUCACAAUGGCAGACUCGUGACGCCCACGCUCGCUUCGCUAUUCGCAACUCCCUGCCGAUAGAUGAACGCGAACACUUUGGCCAGCACAAGACUUCACAGGCACUGUACACUGCUGUAGUCGCACGCUACUCCUCACCCGCCUCUGCUGCGCUAGGCCGUCUCUCACUCCCCUACCUGUUCCCAGACCUGGACCACUUCCUCGCUCGCUGCCCCACUGAGCUCACCAUUGACCUCCUCGAGAAGGAACUGCUUGCAGCUGAGACUAGCAUAGUCGCUGUAGGUACCUCUCGUGGCGACCCCCGCACCCCUUUCUUCGAGGGGUGUUCCCCUUCCCCCCUCCUCCCCUCUGUCGCCUUUGCUGCUGCUGUCGACCUCCUAGGUACUGAGCAGGUCGGGACUGCGUCCACUCCGAGUGGACGCCGCAGCGGCAAGGGCAAAGGGGGCAAGGGAGGUGGUGGUGACGGCGGGGGAGGUGGUGGUGGGGGUGGUGGCGGUGGUGGGGGUGGUGGCGGGGCUGGAGGGGCUAGUGGCAGAAGUGGGGGUGGUGGCGGCAGUGGGGGUGGUGGCGGCAGUGGGGGUGGUGGCGGCGGUGGCCGAGGUGGAGGCAGGGGUGGUGGUGGUCGAGGCGGUGGUCACGGUGGUGGUCAGUGCCAGCAGCAGACUCUGUCGCCCCAGGAGCUUCAUGAGUGUGGAGAGAGUGCUCAGUACCUGCGUGUUCCACCCGAUCCGGGCAUUCGGACCAGCGAGGCUGCCGCUCUAGGUGCUAGUGAGCCUGCCGCUCCAGGUGCUCGCGUGUCUGCUGCCCCAGGUGCUGGUGAGGCUGCUGCUCUAGGUGCUCGUGAGUCUCCCCCCCCUGGUACUGAGUCUACUGAGGCACUGCACACCUUCACACUGGACUCCGGUGCAUCCCGCUGUUUCUUUCGUGACCGCACGGCCCUUGAGCAGCUUGCUCGGCCGGUUGCAGUCUCCCUCGCUGACCCCUCUGGGGGUCCGGUCAUUGCGACCUCCUCCACUGUCCUCCCCUGUCCUGCGGUCCCGUCGGGCACACUGUCAGGUCUCUACCUCCCCUCGUUCUCUACGAACUUGGUGGCGGGUCGUGCGCUCCAGGACGGGGGUGUCCACCAGUUCACCCCUGCCUACGAGCGCGUGACACACUGCACGUGCGCUCGGACGGGUCGCCACCUGGCUACCUUCACUUGGCAGCCAGGGUCGGACCUGUACACACUGACCACUGAGUCCCCUCAGGUAGCUGCGUCUGCGUCUGCGUCAGGUCAGCUGUCGCCCCCCUGCUCGUGUCGCUCCUUGUCGCACGAGACCGUCCUCUGGCACCACCGCCUUGGUCACCCGUCCGUGCAGCGCCUUCGUGGCAUGCACUCUCGGUACCUUGUCUCUGGUCUUCCCAGGGUUCUCCCUCCCCUCCCACCCUCGCCUGCUCCUCCCUGUCUUCCCUGUGUCGAGGGGCGGCAGCGCGCCGCUCCUCACUCCUCCUCGUUUCCCCCGACGACUGCUCCUCUGCAGACACUCCACAUGGACGUGGACAAGCUCAGCGAGAGGUUCCAUUCCGACUUUCCUGUCCUCCGUCUGCACUCUGACAGAGGUGGGGAGUUUUCCUCCGGCCUCCUGGAGGCCUUCUGUCAGAAGGAGGGUAUUGAGCAGUCGUUCACGCUUCCGGCCUCUCCACAGCAGAAUGGGGUUGCUGAGCGCCGCAUUGGCUUGGUCAUGGAGGUCGCUCGUACCUCCUUGAUCCAUGCGGCUGCCCCCCACUUUCUGUGGCCGUUUGCAGUCCGAUACGCUGCGCAUCAGCUCAACCUCUGGCCCCGUGUCUCCGUUCCGGAGACUUCGCCGACACUGCGUUGGACGGGCAAGGUUGGCGAUGCGUCACGCUUUCGGGUUUGGGGAUCUCGAGCCUUUGUUCGCGAUACGUCCGCGGACAAGCUCUCCUCCCGCGCUGUUCCUUGUGUCUUCCUUGGCUUUGUCCCGGACGCGUCUGGUUGGCAGUUUUACCACCCCACCUCGCGCCGUGUCCUGCCUUCUCAGGACGUCACUUUUGACGAGUCCGUCCCCUACUACCGCCUCUUCCCCUACCGCACUGCCCCGCUCCCUCCCCCGCCUCUCUUCCUCGCUCCAGGUGCUGCUGUAGUAGACCCCCUCCCCCCUCAGGGUGCCGCUCCCUCAGGUGUGUCCCAGGUAGACCCGGUUGAGCCUGUCGAGGUAGCUGUCGACUCUCCCUGA